UCCUUUAUACAACUUGAGGUAAAGUAUGAGAACAAAAUUAGUUACCUCCAUAUUUGUUCACACACUUCUGGAGCGCCCAAUUUUGUGGUAUGAAUCUAGAAGGGGCAUAAUUUACUUCUCUAACUCUAAGCAAGUACAAUGUAGAUGUAUGAAGAAAUAUUUAUGUUUCUAUUCUAUAUUUAUCAAGGUGUAAUUUAUCAAUAAAAUAACUACAAUUUUGUUAAAAGAAAAAAUCAUUUGAACAUAAGUCGUCAAUUAAAUAAGUCAAUCGAAAUUUCCAGAUAUUUUACCAACUAUAUAACUCUAUGCACUAUUCACCAACCGGCCACCGCAUCUCUGACAAAUAGUUAGAAGUGACAUUAACAUUUCAGAAAUGAACAGGAAGUCAUAGCAAAUCACUCAGACAUACCAGUAUUAGAGGUAGACGAAUGAUUUGUGUAUUUUAUGCUAUUAAUUAAAAAGAGAAUAAGUUCGAUAAACCUAAAAUUAUUGAAUCUAAAUGACACACACAGGAGUGUUAAAAUAAUAUAUAUAUAUAUAUAUUAUAUGAACGAGCAUCAUAAAGUUCGCAACAAUAAAAAACAUAGAACAUACACAAAGUUAUUCAAUAUAGACUGGGGGGGGAGCGAUAUGACCAUAUCGUAAUCAGAGUCAUCUCCCUCUAUAUCUGCUAUUUUCUAUUAUGUAUAAGAUUGACGGUUAUUGCAGGUAAAUGAUGUAAAAAAGGGCUAACUAUAGAAGAGUUGUAAACAGGUAUAGUUAUAAACAAACAGACAAGCAUUAUGAUGACAGUGUUUAAUUCAACUAUAUCCACUAUAAUUCCAUAUUACAGUAUUAUAAUUCCAAAAAGUGGCUUUCAAAAUUGAGCACAGCAUUUAUAUAUUAUUUCAAUAAUAAUUCAUUUAGCCUUUAUAAUAAUAAACCUCCGUUACUUAUAGAAUAACUAUAUGGAUUGUAGAGACAUACGUAACUAUCACACUUACAUUAAUAUGAAGAAAUAUGCAUACAUAUGGUGUUUGAUUAAGACUUGUGUGGUAUUAAAUAUCAUGAAUCACAGCUUACUAGUUGGAGAUGCACUGCCAGCCAAAUUUCAGCCAGCUACCCUGACUGAUGAUAUGGGGCCAUGGGAAAUAUGUGGAGAAAAAGAAACUUGUCUGCAAAGAAGAAAACACAACUGCAAGAUAACCAAUGGUACAUUGCCACAUAUUGCAUGUGGUACAAAAGUUUGGAUGGAGGAAUUAGAAGGAUGUGACCUAUGUGCUGGAGAAUCUUGGAUUGGUCAAAGUGAAUGGUCAAAAUGUCUGGGAACGGGAUGCGAGGACACAGUACAGCGUUCUGUGAGAACUUGUGCCUUCAAAGCAGUAAACAGAAACUGUCGAUCAAUACUGACGAGAUACUGCAAUCCAACGGAUAUUUGUUAUGGAACAUGGUCAAGUUGGACAUCGACUAGUCCUGAAUGCAAAGAUCAAUGUAGUGUUGAUCGAAGCAGAGUACUCCAGAGAACAUGCAUGAAAGAUGGAGAGAAAAGUAUAAGUUGUGCUUCGAAAAAUGCUGGGAGUACUACUAUAAAACAAGAAACACUUAUCGAUGAUUGUUCUGCUAGCCCACCAUGUCAAACAACAGAACCAAGCACCACUACCCCAGCCACUACACACAUAACUACGAUAGCCACUACUACACACAUAACUACAAAAGCCACUAUGCUUACUACUUUGACUACUAGUACGAGUAUUGUGAGUACAACAACCACAAGACCAAAAACUAUCUUAUCUUCAUGGAGUAGUUGGACCUCCUGUACUGCAGAUUGCAAGAUGAAAACAGGAACAAAGAAAAGAACACGAAAGUGUUCGUACGAGAAUGGAAACAAAGCACCAGAUGAUUCCUGUGGCAGAUUGCAGAUGGUGCAUGUCGUAGAUUGUAUAUAUGAGAAUGCUGAUAAAUGCAAUGAAGACAGAGGUUUGAGUGGGAAAGCGGUAAUUGCGAAAACAACUUCUAAGUCUCCAAUCACAGUACGAACCAUAAAUGAUUCUGAGAAUGGAAGUAAUCAAAAAUUCCUAGGAAUUAAUUCAUUCGGUAAUACAACCGGUAUGGAAGUUAUGACGACAGCAAAUCCUGCAAAAGAAAAUGGUGGAAAAUGGCAAUGGCAGGUUCUUGUAAUUGUGCUUGCAACAACAGCCUGUCUUAUUAUAUUCGCCAUUUUCAUAUAUAUCUUUUGUGGAAAGCGAAAUAAAGCAAAAGAAAAGAAGAAACGAACUAUUGGUGAAAUAUCAAUAGUUGGUUUGCAAUCACACACUGGAUUUAUGGAUGGUAUGGAAUCUUAUGGAUUUGCCAAAAGCAUGAUGCCGAAAGAUGACUUACUAGCGGCACUAAAUCCAAAUGCAGAAAGUUCCGAACUUGUUGGGAAUGUUGGAACAUAUCAAAGCACUACUACACCAGCAAGGGAACUUCCGAAUGUGCCACUGACAGAAACUGAAGCCCUAGUUAAUCAGAAUUCACACAAUAAGAAUCACAUCUAUGAAGAGAUGAAAUAUACUGGCAAAGAUAACACAAACGACUUGGCAGUAGUAAAAUGUACAAGUCCUGUUAAACCAAUACGAAGAGCUUUAUCUUAUCAUGAAAGCAGUUGUAAAAAUUCGUUAAUUAUUCCAGAGAAUGAAAUCCCUCAAAUGAGGAGACAGAGUUGUUUUUCAGGCCAAAAAAGCUCGAUACCCAGAAGAGCCCCACCAAAGAAACCGCCAAGAAAAUCAUCAAUAUUCUUGGGAGAAGUGGUUGAAAACAAUAACAACAGUGAAAUGAAAGAGGUUCCCAAAUCACUUUAUGAAGCUUCAAAAAAUAUGUUAUCUCCAGAUCUUCAGUUUAUAAAUUUGAUUCACCCACCGAAUUUCAGUCCAACCACAGAUGACGGAAAUUAUAACUCACUUAAAAUACCAAACUCACUGCAACAACAACAAAAAAUGAUGUCAAGGUCUGCACCAGUAUCCCCCAAUCAUUCAUACUUAGGUACACAUGCACAACAAACACCAUAUAUGCAGUACAUGCCUAUGGUUAUGCCAUACAAUCCUAUGCCAAUGAUGGCGUCAUGUCAAAACCAGAACGGUGGCAUCAUUUAUAUGCCUGUGUCACCCAUGUAUACACAAGUUACAACUCCUCAUAUGAUGCCAUCUCCCCAUCCACAGAGCACUCCAUUGCAUGGGGCUGACACUGUUUUUAAAAAUAUCAAAGCGCAACAGGCCCCAAAACCUCGACCAAGAACUAUGUAUUUGCCCCGGAUCUCCAUUUCAACGACGGAGACAUGUAAACACAAAUUAUCGCCACAGACGACAAUCAGAAGUCCAAUAUUAGAAGACUAUGCGGAAAUGAGGCGUUUGUCAAGUAGUAUGUUAACAGAUGAUGAUAAUGCAAGGCCAUUGUUAAAAACACAAUUAGUUCAUGAACUGCAUGGCACACAUAGGCGUACUCCAUCUAAUAAUUCAGUAGAAUCAGAUGCAUCAAGUUCCAGCAACAUACUUCAAGAUGAUGAAGGAUAUUUGGCACCUACUCUCAUACAAAACUGCUGAAAACGAGUUUAUCACGAUGAUGACAAUAUUGCAUACAUAAGUUUUUGUUAUACAAUAAUACAACUGACUGUUUUUUAAACUCCAUACAAUCCACUACAAAUUUUAAUAUAAAACAAAACAUUGAAAUAGUUGGAAAUUAAUUAACAAAAUUAAUAUUGAAAUUAACAUUACCAAACCAUUUCAAUAUUUUUCGUUUUAUAUCAAAAUGCCAAAUAUUCAGGCAUUCUGAACAGUAGAAUUGAAUUAUUUUGUUUAAACUGCAUGAUACUAAUUUUUUUUUAUUUGAAAACUGACCUGUUCAAAUGUAUUACAAUACAA